UUUGCUUAUAAUGUAUCCCGAGCGAAUAAAUUUAAACAAAUGACACAAAUUUUGUCAAAUGCUAUUUGCUAUCGUAAGAGCAAGAUGAAACUGAUUUUAAAGUUGUUGUGUGUAAGUAUAAUCAGCUGCGCUCCGUCCGAGGCUCAGGUGGAGCGUCUCCUUGGAGUGAGAGACGAGUACCUCGUGACAACCUGUCUGGGUAGCGGCGCGCGCUGUGACGGAGCCCUCCUGAGAUCCGACUGGGUCGUGGUUCAAGACUCGUGUUUCAAAGCUCACAAGUUCACUCCCAUGAAAUACGUGGUUUUAGGCAAACACAACUGUUCUAUGGAAGCGGUAACUCCGUCGCUAAACGAUGAGGGAGGAAUGCUGACGCGCUCUGUGUUGAAGUCGAUUCAGUACGAGGAGUUAUCUUACAUGGACCUCGUCUUGCUCAAGCUGGACCGACCCUACGAGCUUCAAUUUUACAACCUGUCUCACGACUCCGAGACACUUAAUAAGUUUUCCAGGUGGUUUGAGGCUUAUCUGUAUAUGUCUACUAUAAAUACCCCACCAAAUAGUUAUCUGGAGCCCAUGUCUUACGAGACCACCAUGUACCGCAUGAAGCCGAUUCCCUUCAAGGUGUUCCUCCUAACGGUGAUUCUACCCAUUGUGUCCUUUGCAGCAUUCUUUAUUUAUGUUAUAUUCUACACGGGCAAUACAGAUGUAUCUAAGAUUUCUUAUACAACACUAAAUAACGAGAAGAAAGCACACCCCGUGUAAUAUAAUAUACAUAAAGUUCCUGCUUUCAAAGUGUUGUAAGAAUGUGGGACUUUAAGAAGAGUACAAUUUCCUUUUAAUUUAUUAAAAGCUCCAACUGA